AUGGACGCCGACAGAGAAGACAACGUCUGUGGCGAAGAAGUGUCGUCUCCGACGACCACAACGACGACCGGCGGUCGCAGCCAUAGAGGACGACCGCGACGGCCGACCGCUCAGCGAUCUGUUCACGAAUUGGUCCUCAAUUUGACGCAAAGCCAAAGCGUUUCGCAACGAAAUCCGACACAAAGUGCGACCAAAAAAGCGCCGAAAACGACGACAACGACAGCGCCUGUCGUCACGACUCACGAGGAGACGACACCCGCGACGACAGUCUCGACGACGACGACAGCUUUGCCGUCGUGCAAGUGGUCGGUGGGCCAGAGGGUGGAGGCGCGCGAUGUGGUGGGCGACUGGUAUUCGGCGAAAAUCGUGGCCUUCAGUGAAGACAAACUCCAGCUUUUGGUUCACUUCGAGCGGUGGAGCGCGCGAUACGACCAGUGGUUCCCUUUGGACUCGCAGUUCAUUCGCGAGAAGAGCGCCAACAGCGACGCGAACGCCGCCCACGACGACAGUCUGUCGUUCGCCGUGAACGAGGAGGUGUUGGCGCGAUGGACGGACAACAGGCCAUAUCCCGCGACAAUCAUCGAGCGCUUCGACGCCCAGAAGACGGUUUUAGUGCUCUUUUAUGACGGAUAUCGCAAGAAAGUGAAAACGAGUCAAAUUGAGAAAAUGCCCGACAAUUACGACGGACUGCGCGUCCCGUCGUCGCUCGUCCUCAACAAAGAAUUCCGCGUCAAAGACGACCACAACGACUAUAAGUGUCACUUCGAGGACUGCAACAAAGGGUUCCGGAAACAGAGCCCAACAUCUCAAGCAUUACCACAAAUCGGACGAAACAAAGACAACGACCGAAACGACGACAACAACAACAACGACGACGACGACGACGACGGCGACAACAGCCGAGACGACGACCACUGCGUCGUCCAGUGUUCACGUGACCGCUCCAAAGGCAACUCCAACGAUGACCACGACAAAGAGCGCGUCGACUCUUUGGUUCUUCAGCCCUUUUGGGACGCGCGCACUGUGGCCGAGAUCCACGAGAACGACGACAUCGACGAAUUGGUGCACUGCGUGUGCGACGCGCGCGAGGAGUCGGGACUUAUGGUGCAGUGCGAGCUGUGUCUGUGUUGGCAACACGCGCACUGCAUGCACUUCCAUCAGGAGCGCGACGUUCCGGACGACGGAUACUUCUGCUUUUCGUGUCGUUUCCCGAAACACGUGCGCUCUUCGCGCAGAAACUGCUUUCUAACCAAUCAUUGGCUCAAGAGUUGCAAAAAACCGAAAUUCGAGUUCUCUUUGGCCGACAAAGAGCGCGAGGAACGCGAGCGCCGGCUUUUGGGGGCCAUUCACGCGCUGGUUGGCGCCACUCUCGACGCGCGUGACGUUUUGCGGACUCUAAACGCGCCAGUCGCGGACGACAGACGACAAGACGUACGACAACUCAUCGACACGAUUGCAGCGAAAGUGGAUCUCUUGGAGAAGGAGUGCGACGACGAGGACGACGACAACGACACGAAAGGCGACGCGAUGUCCGACGCGGAGCUCAAGAACCAACUGUUUCUGGCGUUCGCCGACUUGGAGCGCGCGAAGAAUGUGGUGUCGAAUGAAAGACAUUAG